GAUCAAUCUAUUUAAACAUCUGAACAUGAGAGUAAGCAUAGGAGUCGAGUGAUUUUAGAAAAAAAGUGGCAGUUGAUGUUAAAGUUUGUUAAAUGAUUUAGUGAUUAAAAAAUUCAGUCCCAUCAAAAUCAUAAAAAGUAAAAAUGCUAUUCAAUCAAAAUGUAUCCUUUGUCUUUUUAAUGACAAUCAUUGCUCUCUCGGAUUCUGUUACGUAUUACAUUGUAAUAACCGAUGAUGGUGGUACAACGGGACAACAAGAAGCGUGGGCUCCGAGCAGUCUAUAUGGCCAUGGCGUUCCAGUCGAUCCAGUCAAUGUUGUGACUCCAGAUGAUGCAUCAAGGCUAGGUAGUCGAGCACGAUCGGCAGGCCCAGGCGGUCAAGCAGGUCCAGGAGGUCCAGCAGGCCCAGGCGGUCCAGCAGGUCCAGGAGGUCCAGCAGGUCCAGGAGGUCCAGCAGGUCCAGGAGGUCCAGCAGGUCCAACAGGUUCCGACGGUCUAACAGGUCCAGGAGGUCCAGCCGGCCCAGGCGGUCUAACAGGUCCAGGAGGUCCAGCAGGUCCAGGAGGUGCAAGUGGACCGCGUGGGUCGUCUGGCUGAUGCAUCAUUAAAGCAGUAUAACUCGAAAAAUAUCACCAUUUCUCAAAGUAUUUUUUUAAAUACUUCACUAUACAGCCUUAUUCCUUUUGCCAGUUUCAGGCAUCAACGUUGAUUUCGAUCCGUAUCAAAUAAAUCGCAUUCAAAAAAUUUUCCGUUUUUAA